GUUUUGGUUUUGGGGCAUGCAGUGCAAAAUGUCUCGGUGCUAAAAUGUAUUUCUGUCAAUAGACGGUGAGUGGCAUAGCUGAACUGUAAUGGAAGAGGACGAGUUAGUGUCCUUCAGGGAACGCUGGAAAAGAGAAUUGCAGAAAAACUCUAAAGGUGAAAGUACUAAACCGCGAGUUGUAAGCACUCAGUCCAGUGCAUCAGAUGGGAAAUCUGCCUAUUUUGACGACAGUUACAAAGACAGUUUUUCAUUGAAACAUGAAGCAAGGAAUUGUUCAGCGUUUUCCAAUAAUUCAAAUAAUUCAAAGCAAGAGGUUACGCAAUCACACAGUAAGGAGAGUGUGCACCACCAACCCCAAUAUGUGUCUAUAGCAGAAGGAUUAUUAGAUGGAAGGACAAGUCCACUCCUGGACAGAAUUCAAGCGGAGAGGACGCGAAAAAGGCAUCAGCGCGACCGCGCAGAGGAACUACCUCAGAAAAAGGUUCAUACGGGGAAGAAAUUGCUGGAACAGUUCAUCCAAGACUUGAACGACAUUAAUGACAUUCCAUUCUUUGAUGUGGAACUGCCCUAUGAGUUGGCACUGAAGAUUUUCCAGUUCCUUGACCGACGCGACUUGGGCAGUUGCGCGCAGGUAAGCAAAGCUUGGAAAGUAUUGGCAGAAGACGAAGUGCUGUGGUACAAUGUCUGUCAGAGAGAGGGAUACCAUUUCGGAGCUAGCGUCUCCGACUCACCCUGUUGGAAAAGUAGUCUGCGGGAUUCACGGAACUCAGAUAAACUAGUAUGCUCUAACUGGAAGAAUCGAGUUGGAUCCAUCAGUCAGCUCCAGUAUGAGUUGGGCAAGAUCCUGUGUGAUGUCAGCUGCUGCAGUGGAUAUGUGUUUGCAGGGUACACCACAGGUGAUGUGCGCCUAUGGGACACCCAUCACUGGGAUUCAGGGGCGUCCUACCUUCGACCCAGCCACGCAAACACAGACGCUACCCCCAAACCACACGUCAGCCAUGUCCAAGUGAACAGGACAGUGGCGGCGGCUGCAUUUGAAGAUGGAUCAGUAGACGUAUGGAGUACGGAAAGCGGUCCGGAGCCCAUCCACACUCUGCAGCACCUCCAGAGGGUCCACGCCCUGGUCCUCAGUCCAGACCACCCCAGCCUGGCCACCGCCUCUGGGGCAGACGUGCGCUUGGACUGCCCUGACGAGAAGGGCUACUGGAGGACUCUCAGAGUCACCCAGCUGCCCAAGCCGGUGGACCACCUGUGUGUAGUGCCAGGUAGGCAUGCGUGUCCGGUGGCGGUGGCCUCGGCCAGUGAGAGCGUGUACAUAGUGGAGACGGGGCAGGGGCAGGAGGAGGAGAACAGGCUGCUCCACUCGGUCUACGGCCACCCCGUCACAUGCCUGGACGCCAGCCCCACGCAGGCAGCCAUGGGGGUCAAGAGCUGUGGAUGGGCCAUGAACGAUGGGGGCAAUAAGAUCCAGGUGUACAGUCUGGAGACGGGCAAGCUGGAGGCGUCUGUGGGCAGCUCGGCAGGAGACUUCACCUGCGUCAACCUCCGAGACGCACCCCCUCACCUGCUGGUGUGCGGCAACAAAGACAGAAGGGUGCGAGUGUUCGACCUGCGCAGUGGUGUGUCGGUGGCCUCUCUCUAUGCUCACCAUCUGGGGGUGACGGCGGUGAGGGCAGAUGAGUGGAAGGUGGUGAGCGGGGGAGGGGAGGGGCUGGUGUGUGUCUGGGAGAUGCGCAUGGCCACCAAGCUCUGGGAGAUGCACAACAGACACCCCGUGCGGCACAUAUGGUUUGACACGAGCACCCUGGUGACGGCCAACAUUCCUGACGAGAAGUCUCCCCGAGGGGCCUGCAUCACAGAUGAUGACCUCACUGCUCAUCGCAGGCAUCGAGGAGUCAUCAACCUGUAUGACUUCUCAGAAGACGCCUCAGUUCAGGAUCACGUGCUGCCCAUCUGUCGUUCCAACUACGUGGAGCCGUCCGGCUUCAACUACAACAUUGGCCUGGCCAUGCCCUACGACAUACUCAGUGGACCCACCAACACAUAACUAUUCCUGCUGGAUAGUAGACUGGAUAGACAGGAUUAUGAACUGGAUUUCUUCUAUCCACUCAUAGGUUUUUACAUUACCUGUAUAGAGACUUGUUUGUCGUUUUUGAUUGUUUUAUUUCUUAAGUUUCUAAUUUAAGGGUAUGAUUUUAAUGACAUCGGUUUAAUCUGUUUGCGGAUAUUGGGCUAUAAUUACAACAUUUCAGUAAUAUUGUGAUUUCUUCUUGAAGCACGGGUUGAGCUUUGUGUUCCGUCUAUUUCAUCAGUGGUGAACCAGAACAUUAUUAUAUGGUGAUGCAUAUAAUCAGGUUUUAUACUAGCAUACAAUAGCAAAUUUUCAGAAUCACUGUAAUGCCAUGAUACAAUUACAUGAUAAAAUGAUUUCCUGUCAGCUUCAUUAAACCUCAUAUUUGUUUUACCUCUGGUUGGAUACUUUCUAACUCUCCUACUUGCAUUGGAUUUUACAAGAGAAAGAAAACUAUAAUACCGGCAACUCAAGUAUGAACACUGGAGUGAGGCAUCCACAAAUUGGUUCGGUGUGGCAGUGAUGGUGUUGACUUGAGCGAGGUUACUGAGGGAUGUGAAAUGCGCACAUUGCUUGAAAUGUGUUCUGUAUUUCAGCACUGUGUGUAAUAAGGCCUUGUGUGGUUUAUAUGAUUGGCAGAGCUGCUAGCUCUCUGUGACCCUAAAAAGCCCAUGUGGUAGACAAGGGCCCUGCUGUCCAUGGUGCUGAAAGCAGCCUCUGACCGACCCCCAGCAGCACAACACCACCUGAAACGCCAUCCCCUGCCUGGAUAAUGCUCAUUAUAUCUUCUUUUCUUUUAAACAAUAAACUACAUAUUUUCAUCUGUCACAAAGCUAAGUUUGUUGGUAACUUUGUGUCUGCGAUAGAUGAAAAUGUUUAGUUUUAUUGUGGGCCACUGCCGUUACUCACUAGCUACCAGAAUGCAAGCUAAUGUAAUCUGCUAAUGCAAACCUGUGAUGGUUUUUAUACAUGAUGAAUAAAGAAAAUGUCUAAUUCCUCCCUCUGUUU